GCGGGAAGGUAGAGAGUGCAUUAAAUUCGUUUUUUUUAAUUGUCUAAAUUUUAAAUUUGUCCAAAUUAGUUUUUUAUACCCGCCGAUUCAACACAACUAUGUGGGAAGUUAAAAAAAAACCGCUUAGCCAAAUAAACUGUUAACGGAAUGAAGCGCCACGUGACUUUCACAUGGGCUUUAAAACAUUUAAUAAUUGACCGUGUGUCAACAAAACUUGAGCCUCACUCACUGGUGCUGUUUCAAAGUCUCCAGUCGAGCAAAAAAACUGUCAUCAUGAGCGACUGGAGGAAAAUGAGCAAAGAUGAGCUGGAGCACCAGUUCUCUCCCAGCCGCUGGUCACACAGGAUGUCCGCCGAUGACGUGAUCAGAGCCCAUGUGGCUGCUGUCAGAUCAGGCACAGAGAAAGCUCGGUCCAUCACUCAGACUUUGCUCGACAUCCCGUACGGUGAUGGUGACGGAGAGAAGCUGGACGUUUAUGUUCCCAGCAGCUCUAGUCCAGAUGUGCCGCUGGUCAUUUACUUUCAUGGAGGAUACUGGCAGUUCCUCAGUAAGGAUGAGUCCGGUUUCCUGGCCGUGCCAUUGGUUCAGAAGGGUGUGGUGGUGGUUGCCGUGGGUUACAGCAUCGCUCCUAAAGGGAAUAUGGAUCUGAUGGUGUCGCAGGUGCGCAGGAGCGUGGUGUCUGUCAUUCAGCAGUAUUCACACAUCAGCGGUCUGUACCUGUGCGGUCAUUCAGCCGGAGCUCAUCUGGCCGCUAUGGUUCUGUCCACUGACUGGGCACAAUAUGACAUAUCACCGCAAAUCAAAGGUGCGCUUCUCGUCAGCGGCAUUUAUGACCUGCAGCCCAUCCUGUCCACCUACGUGAACGAGCCGCUGAAGAUGACCGAGGAAGUGGCGUUAAGAAACAGCCCCAGUCACUUCCUGUCGCAGCUGAAGCUCUCGUCCGCUUCCUGCGAUAUCAUCGUCGCUGUUGCGCAAAACGACUCGCCAGAGUUUCGUAAGCAGUCGGAGGAGUAUUUCAAAGCUUUGGAAUCUGCAGGUCUUAAAGUCUCUUUUGAAGACGUUCCCAACACGGAUCAUUUCAAUAUUAUAGAGCAACUGGUUGAUGAAAAUUACCAUCUCACAAAGCUCCUGCUAAAGAUGAUGGGAAAAAGCUGACGAUCGUCAGGUUACCCAGAAUGCACUGCGCCGAAACCGACCUGUGAGUUGAGCUCAACGCGACCUCGCUCUUUGUCCAAUCAGACUCUAGUGUUAAAUGUUUCACACCAGCAGCAGUGUAAGUUUCUGCUGGGAGUGUAAACGUCUUUAAAUGGUUAUUUAACUGUGUUUUAAAUGAAGCAUUCAUAUCACAAAGCAAUGUAGCAGAUAUUGAAAUGAUUUGAUCUGACCGACAGCACUGGAAAUACCUGCCCUUGUUCAAGUUGCACAGAUUUGUUUGAAGUUUUUAUUGAAUUAGCACAGAUUACCCAGCUGGAUAAACUGGUUUAAACCAGUUUUGCCCGGUCAGACUGAACUGGUUUGAUGUUGCUAGCUAGUCAACCUGAAAGCCACUGAUUUACACACUUUUAGCAGGGAAACUGUAUGUGAAUAUGGUGUUUGUGUGUGAUUUGAAGCAUUUUCCGUUCAAUAAAAUGCUGUUCUGAACACAUUCA